AUGUUUUUGUUCUCAUCCAUCAUCUAUUGGCUAGUCACGAAUGUAUUCGGUGAUUUCCGUGAAACGACUGAGUUUUUCGCAAUAUCUGAAGAAGCGGCAGUCGGUUCGUUGGUCGGCCAACUCCAUUUGACAAGCGACUUCAAUUAUCGUGUAUCCGGCGUCAAUCAUUACUUCGAUUUUGACCCAGUAACUGGAUGGAUUUCUCUCCGCCAGACCUUGGAUCGAGAAGAGUUACACAAUGAUACUUUGGAGUUGCUUUUGGUUUCCACUCCACCAUCUCUCAUUCAUGUUUUCAUUACCGUUCUCGACGUUAAUGAUAAUACGCCAAGGUUUCCGGUUCCCUUUCAGAAUAUUUCUGUGAUUGAAUCGAGCGCUGUGGGCACAAGGAUACCAUUGUUACCUGCUGUUGAUACGGACGCUGGUGAUAAUGGUGCCAUAGUCGAAUACGGUAUUGAGGACAAUACUACUCAAUUCGAACUGGUCUACGAAAAUCCUGGUUUACUAUAUUUGGAAGUGAAACAACCACUGGAUCGUGAGAGUAACCAGAUGGUGGUGCUCAAUGUAUCGGCUAAGGAUGGAGGCAUACCGUCGAGGAUCGGCUACGCAACCCUCUACGUCGACAUCGUCGAUGUAAACGAUAAUGCACCGACAUUUGAGGCGCGGGAAUUGGAAACAAAAUGGACAGGCAGUGCAAUGACACCGAUCCUCAUAUUGAAUGCGACGGAUGCAGAUCGUGGCAAAAAUGGUGAAAUUACCUACAGCAUUCCUGGGCCAGAAUCGGAACACUUCUUUAUAGAUGGAAACCGCGUCUUUGCAAGGAAGGACUCCCCAGCAUGCUGCCCGUCACCACCUUGUUCAGUUUGCUUUGUUUCGCUUCGCGCUGCCGAUCAUGGUACUCCUCCAUUGGAGAGUACAGCACUGCUCAGGAUACUGCUUAGCAACGAGAAUCUUCAUGACCCGCAAAUAACUAUAAGAUUGCAUCCUUCAACAGUGGAUUUUGCACUGAUUGAAACAGGUGCUACCGCUGGCAAAGCUGUGGCUGUGCUCACGGUAACUGAUGAGGACGGUCCGCUGACAGAAUCCUCAUCUGUGUGGAUCGAGUCCGGUAAUGAAGACGGUGUUUUUGUUCUGAGUGUGCAAAAACAGUUUUCGAUACUGAAACUCCUCGUAAAUGCCCCCAAUAUUACGAAAUCCCAAUACAAUCUGGUAUUCGUCGCGAGCGACGGACAACUGCCUCAACGUCUAACCAAUGCAACACUUAAGGUUUAUAAUGAAGCGAAGUUGACGACUUCACCGGUAGUUGUCGAACAAGAAUUGAGCGUUUCUAUAUCGGAAGACUCACCUGUCGGUACAUUUGUUGCGCAAGUGCAUACCAAUUCAUCCGGAUGCAAGUUCGUCCUGAAUGAUGAUGUACCUUUCGCAGUUGAUUGGAAAAGUGGAAUAAUCACUACUACAUCGACGUUGGACGUGAACAUAAAAGACAACUAUGCGCUAGAAGUUAUGGUUCAACCCCCUCCACCAAGUAUUCAUUCUGUAAUGGCAACGGUUACCGUGAUGAUCACCGAUGUUAACGAUCAUGCACCAUCACUAAUCGAUUUGCCCGAUCGAUUAUUGAUUCCUGAGGAUACGACAGAUCGCGGUGACAACGCCUUGUUACUGUAUCGGCUUUUGAACGGAAUCGCGACAGAAUACCUAUCCAUGGAUUCGGCAUCCGGCAAGUGCACAUUGAAAAAGGCCGUAGAUUUCGAAACAAUCCAAGGUUUUGACUUGGAAAUCGAAGUGUGUGAUCAUGGCCGUCCGGAGCUAUGCAGCUCUACCAACUUACCAGUUUUCAUCCAGGACAUCAAUGACAAUGCGCCAGAGUUUCCCUGCACUGUGAUUCAUUCAGUACUGCCCUUAAACUCAUCCCCUGGCACCGUAGUCGCUACAGUAUUUGCGAAGGAUCGUGACUCAGGCAGUGCUGGACAGGUCCACUAUGCGCUACUGGAUGCCAUCACAGGCUUUUCGAUAGACAGUUCCAGCGGCAUCAUCCAAACGACUGGAACACUACAAGCUGAGCAGUAUAGUAUUCGAAUCGGAGCCUCCGAUGGACACGGUGUGAUGUCAACGAGUAACGUUACAGUAACUCUUUUCACUACCAAGGAGAAGCCUUUGAAGUGGACGAGCGGUCCCAAUACGAUUGAAUUGGAGGAGUCCACUUCAUUGGGCGACACACUGGCUGUCUACCACACAAGCUCUCCUUCGUCACUGGCAUUGAUGUCGGAUUUGCUAUCAAUCAACUCCAUAGGCAGUUUAUCCCUUGCUCAACAUCUUCCAAUAAUCGGCAAUCACUUCUAUGAAGUAUUGAUCGCCCAGUCUGACCAAGUCUCCAUCACCAAAUGUAUAGAACUGCAUGUGAUUCGUGAUUCUCCGAAACCUUCAUUCCCAAAGAAAAGCGUUUCUUUGAAGUUGAAAAGAAAUAUCCCACUUGGCGAGCAGCUUAUGAAGGUCGAUGCUGGAGGGCGUUUUAACUUUUCUACUGAUUGUCGUUGGCUGCACAUUGAUAGUGAUGGAGUAGUCUCAGUAAGGCAACUGAUCGACAAGUCCAUAAAUAGUGUGAAAUGUGAAAUUGAUGCGAAAGAUUGGAAAGGGAGAAGUGAUCAAAUGGAGAUAUGGAUGACCAUGGAAAACGAGGAGAGGCCUUUCCGCCUGAACGCCACUUAUAACGUGCACGUGAAAAGGAGUGCUCGGGUUGGUACGAUACUCACCCGCCUUGGCAAUGAUUCCGCCUAUGUAUACAAAAACGUUUUAAAAACUUCGGUCGACGUGUUUCCAGACGGCAGCGUCUAUUUAAAGGGGGCAAUUAGUGACGGCGGUCCCGACCUAAUUUCCCUGCCAGUCACUGCCACACAUAGGUUUCUCAACAACACCUACUCUACAAUGGUUCACGUCUUCCUUGACGAAGUCAACAUCCACAAACCUCGGUGUUCUUUAAGAAAAAGCUUUGAAAUUGAAGAAAAUCUUUCUGUCGGGUCAGCAGUAGGUUACCUUGAAGCAGAGGACGACGAUGUUGGAUUGGGUGGGGUGAUCGGCUAUCGACUUCUCGACAAUCAAAACCUGAUUCGAAUUGGAACAGUUUCUGGGAAGAUCACGACAGCAACAAUAUUCGAUGCGGAAAGCCUGGAGAAGGUCGAUUUUAAAUACGAAGUUUAUGACCACGGAUCACCUUCAAAAGCGGUCAUUUGUAAUGGGACUAUUAUGAUUGUUGACGUAAAUGACAAUGCUCCCGUAUUUGACCGUGGCGUCUAUAGGGCAGCCAUAAAUGUGAACAGUUUGUCAGAAAACCGCACAAUUGUCGUCGUAAAAGCGAAGGAUAAGGAUAGGACAGCGGAAAUUACCUACAAACUCCUCAACUAUCUGCAUUUAUUCGAGAUUGAUAAAAAUGCGGGAAUAAUCUCAAGGAAAGGACUUCUACGGCCUGACUCCCGCUUCAACAUCUCUAUUGCCGCUAUUGAUGAGGUUGGAAAGCUGGCCACUACUGUCCUUAUCGUCACCACAUCAUCAAAUGAUUCUAUCCCGCCGGUGUUCGAAAAAUCGGAGCCAUUCAGGUUUUUACGGACGACGCUGCCCGUUUCUAUCAUCGGCAGGGUCAGAGCCGUCUCUGGCCAAUACGUCAUCAAUUACCGCAUCACCGACGAGAGAUUUGAUGUUGACUCAUGGGGAAAUGUAAUCCUCACGGGUGAUUCAAUGACAUCAGGCGAUCACGAGUUUAUUGUGACAGCCUCAACGGCGUUUCACAACAGUACAGCUGUUCAGAAGGUGAAAGUCGAAAUUGCUGAUGCAGCAAAUGGUGGAGGAAGGACGUUUCGCGUUAAGGAAAACUCAGCACCUGAAACGAUCACAAGCCUAGAUGAGGAUUCGGAUAUCUUGCUGACAGUACCGCCAACAUCUGCUUUCAAGAUAUCCGGCCAGAAACUCGUUCUAGUGAAGCCAUUAGAUUACGAGAUCUCGUCCACAUAUCAAUUGCUUGUUGGUAAUAAGCGGAAUUCGCAGCUGAUCACUAUCGAAGUAAUCGACAUCGCUGACAACGAUCUCGAAUGCGAUGAAACUACGUUCAUCGUCGAUACACUGCCAUUUUCAACUCCUCUUCAUUGCAAGAACCCGAUUUCACGAAAUACAUCCAGACUGACCUACAGGACGAUGUCAUCGGAAGUGAAAGUAUCUGAAGAUGGGCAACUGUCUACGUCCAUAUUGAAAGAAAUGGUUACUUCAGUUGCUGUAGACGUCCUAGAUAACGAAAAUUCUACGACUCGACGGUCGAAAACAUUCACAAUUCGUCUCAUUCGAGGAACCAUGACCGACGAAAGUAUUUCAUUCCCAUCAAAGGAAAUCUCUUUGCUUGUGGCGUCAUCGCAACCGAUUCAGACGACACUCGGGCGAAUCACAGCCGAAUCGGCUUUACCCCUCAAGUACUACGUGGUGGGAUCAUCCUAUAUACAGAUAGAUGAAGACAGCGGAGUUGUAUCGACGAGAAGGAAAAAUCUCAUAGAUGUAACAGAAACCAUUGUGGCGGUAUCCCCCACAGGAAUUACUACUACCCAGGUUCGCAUCGAAGUCAUAGAAGAUUCGCUUGCACUGUCGAAAGAUUUGUUUCUCUUUGUGCCAUCAUCGCUGUCAGCUGGGCAGACUAUAGGUCGACUAGAUGUUGGUCGAAAUGAUGUUUCACUGGAGUUAUCCGAUCCAUACAUAUAUAAUCGUGGAUUGGAACUGAUUUUGAAAAAGGACUUGGACUUUGGUCCGGCCACAUACUCAAUUAUCGGCGAUAUUGGACUGUCUGUAGAUGGCAAAAAUGGCAUUAUAAAGACCACAACAGUGUUUGAUCACGAAGAGAAACAGCUCUAUAGCUUCAAGUUGAAGUCAACAUUUCAAUCUGGAGAGUUCAUUGAGCAAGAAUCUGUCCUAGUGAUUGAUGAUGAGAAUGAUAACUCACCCAAAUUCAACAGCGAUCUCUACAGCGUCGAGAUUGUUGAAGAUGUCAAAGUUGGCACUGAAAUUGCGAGACUUAAAUGGAGCGACAACGAUUUUAACAAUGCCUUCCACCUAGCAAUUGAGGAAGGCAACGAACUUCGCCAGUUUGAUGUGGACAGUGAUGGGAGAGUUAAAGUAAUUGGUGAAUUAGAUCGCGAACGCUUGCCAGUGCAUCGUCUUGUGAUUCGACUAAGUGAUGGUAUCGCUCCAUAUCCUUAUCACACAACGGAAUGCGUUGUGACCGUGACUUUGCGAGACGUGAACGAUAAUCCUCCUGUGUUUGAGUCAUUUCCAGAGUUUCUUGUGGAAGAGAACAGUCAUCGAAUGAAAGUUAUUGGAAGAGUUCAGGCAAUGGAUGCGGACGAAGGGCUUAAUGCUGAGAUUCACUAUCGUAUCGUACCGGAGUCUCUGCCACGAGCUGAAUUUAUCAUCGACGCCGUUCGUGGAGAUUUGAUGGUCAAUAAACCAUUAGACUCCGAGCAAACACGCAACUACACUUUUACUGUAGCUGCCAUGGAUCAUGGUAUACCACAGUUAGUGUCCUACCAACGGGUUACCGUUCAUGUUGUCGAUGUUAACGACCAUGCACCGAUUCUGAGCAGCAGUCCCACCACAAUUGAAAUCGAUGAGGUAACGACUCGUGGCAGUCCUAUUCUUCGUUUGAAAGUUGAUGAUGAAGACUGUAUAGAAAAUGCAGCGAGCGUUUUUGCAAUCGAAAAAGGAUUUGGUGUAUUUGACGUAAGUCCCAUCAGUGGGGUGCUGUACGUGAGCUCACCGCUAGACUUCGAGUCUCAAUCCUUGUACAACGUAAGCGUAUCAGCAAGGAAUAUCGCUGGAGGACCCAAGACUUACAGCUCUGUAAUCGUACAUGUAAGGGACAACAACGAUGAACGUCCAAGAUUUAUUGGUGGCUCACCAGUACAAUUCUCCAUCUAUGAAAACUUACCAGGACCUUUUCCUGCAGUGAUCGGCACCACGAUUUCUGAGGAUCUGGACGACGGCACGAAUGGGCUUGUGGCCUACAGUAUUUUCAAAGGCAACGCAUCCCUUUUCUCGAUAAACUCGGCAUCCGGAGAACUUCUUUUACUCAACUCAUUAGAUCGUGAAGAUUGCAUGGAACACUUUAUUACUGUGCAGGCAAUCGACUCCGGAACAACUAGGCUUUCGUCCACUGUUGAAAUCAAGAUCACCGUACUUGACGACAAUGACAACGCGCCUGAAUUCGAUCAGCCUUACUAUGUUAUUCAUGUACGUGAAAAUAUCAAGCAUGGCCAGAUGGUUCUCAAAGUCACAGCUGUCGACAAGGAUGAAGGCCAAAAUGCGGCUGUGAGGUACUCAUUAUUGGAACAAAGUCCAUUCUUGAUUGAUAGGAUCACAGGAGAAAUCCGAGUCAAUAGUGCUGUGGAUCGCGAGGAAAUCAAUGAAUAUCGACUGACUAUUAGAGCAACAGAUUCAGGAAGGUUCCGGAGGCUAACAUCUACUGCACGGCUUACAGUCUUUAUUGAUGAUGAAAAUGACAACCAUCCUAUCAUUCGGAAUAAGCUACUCGACGUUUUCGUGCCGAAAGACUUCAGGAAUGGAGAUGUGGUUCACGUAGUGGAUGCCACUGAUCCCGAUGAAGACUCCACUUUAUUUUUCAACAUCUCUGGAACGGAUGCUCGCUUCUUUCGCAUCGAUGCAAAAGGAGAAAUCAUCGCCAAGACCGUGCUAGAGAUGAAAGCAUACUACUCAGUAACUGUAGGAGUUUUCGAUAAGGAUGGGCUGAACACGAGCGCAAGCUUUACUUUCUAUCUGGACGAUCGCAACAAUUUUUCGAGCCGAGAAUUGGAUUACGAGAAGCGAUCGUCUCAUAGAUUAUGGAUUGCCGCUAUCGACUCGGACAGUCCGCCGAAACAAUCAAUUACAUCCAUAGAUAUAGUCGUAGAAGACGUGAACGACAACACUCCUAUAUUUGACCAGGUGAUCUAUUCUGUGGAUGUAAUGGAGAAUUCGGAUCCGACGCAACAGUUGUGCGUUUCUGCAACGGAUCGUGACCAGGGCGAUAAUGCUAACAUUUCCUACUUCAUUGUUAGAGCUGAAUUAUUUCCAGGAAAUACUCUGGGCUCCUUUACAAUCGAUCACAGAACGGGGUGUAUCUGCACAACGCAGAUGUUGGAUAGAGAAUCGAUAACCUAUUUUCGAUUGGUUAUACUGGCAGAAGAUCAAGGUAACCCACCACUGAGCACAGAGGCGAUUGUUAAGGUGAAUGUACUCGACGAAGAUGAUAAUGCGCCCAAGUUCUCACAUCUAUUUCACGCUGAGAUCCCUGAAGAUUUAAAAGUGGGCUCUCCAGUUCUCAUGAUAUCGGCUUUGGAUCCUGAUGGCUUUGUCAAUCACACAUUCUCGAUUGAUAACGAAGCAACCACUCCAUUCUUUAUCCAUCCACACACUGGUCAAAUCUAUCUUCAACGGCCAUUGGACCGGGAACAGACGUCGAUGUACAGACUCCGAAUACGGGUCAGUGAUGGUACAUGGGCAGUACAGACAUAUGCUGCUAUAAACGUUCUUGAUGUUAAUGACAACGCUCCUGUGUUCAUGAAGCAGAAAUAUGUGUUUAUCGUCAACGAUUCACAGGUGAACCAGACGUUUGGCAAGGUAGUGGCAAGAGAUGCAGACGAAGGCAGGAAUGGCAUCGUGCAUUACCGUCUUCAACGAGAUGUGCGGUAUAUCUCAAUUGAUCCCAUCACCGCUGAAAUGAAACUGCUAGCCGUGCCAGAAAAAGAAGUCACCCGGGUAAGUUCAUGA